CCAUUUUCUUUAAUAAAGAGCUUUAUCACUGCCCUCAAAAAGAAACUGAAGCUAAUUCAUACUAUCAACAAUGGCGUCUUCAGCUGUAGCUUCAAGCUCCACACUUCAUGUCAUCAACAAGAGAUGUGGGUCUAUCAGCUUUCUCAUCACAACCUUCAUUUUGCAUUCAAACUACCAAGAAGAAAGUGGUUUCCAAGAAAAUAUUUUCUGUAAUGUCAUCACAGCAGACUGAGCGCAAACCAGCUACCACUGGCUCAGUUAAGACUGGGAUGACGACUGAGAAGAUAUUAGCUAGGGCUUCUGACAAGCCUGAAGUUACUCCUGGUGAUAAUGUGUGGGUCAAUGUUGAUGUUCUGAUGACACAUGAUAUUGGUGGCCCGGCCUCUUUUGGAGUUUUCAAAGAACAGUUUGGACAGAAAGCUAAGGUCUGGAAUCCUGAGAAGAUUGUAAUCAUACCUGAUCACUACAUAUUCACGGCUGAUGAGCGAGCAAACCGCAAUGUGGAUGUGUUGAGGUACUACUGCAAUGAGCAAAAUAUUAAGUACUUCUAUGACAUUAAAGAUCGUGGGAACUUCCGGGCUAAUCCAGAUUACAAAGGCGUCUGCCAUGUUGCUCUUGCCCAAGAAGGUCACUGCAGACCUGGAGAGGUUUUGUUGGGAACAGACACUCAUACAUGUACCGCCGGAGCAUUUGGGCAAUUUGCUACAGGAAUUGGCACUACAGAUGCGGGCUUUGUGUUGGGUACUGGAAAGCUUUUGCUCAAGGUGCCUCCAACUUUGAGAUUUGUCAUGGAUGGCGAAAUGCCAAGUUACUUGCUAGCCAAGGAUUUGAUUUUGCAAAUUAUUGGUGAAAUUUCUGUGUCUGGUGCUACAUACAAAACAAUGGAGUUCGUUGGCACCACAGUUGAAAGUUUGAGCAUGGAAGAAAGAAUGACAUUAUACAACAUGGUUGUUGAAGCUGGUGGAAAGAAUGGUGUCAUCCCAACCGAUAAAACAACUUAUGACUAUCUCAAGGACAAGACUUCUGUGCCCUAUGAACCUGUUUAUAGCGAUGAAGGAGCCAGAUUUCUUAAGGAGUACAGAAUUGACAUCUCCAAGUUGGAACCUUUAGUGGCUAAGCCUCAUUCACCUGAUAAUCAUGCUUUGGCAAGAGAAUGCAAAGAUGUGAAAAUCGACAGAGUAUAUAUUGGAUCUUGUACUGGUGGGAAAACAGAGGACUUCAUGGCUGCAGCAAAAGUUUUUCUAGCUUCGGGAAAGAAAAUAAAAGUUCCGACAUUCUUGGUUCCUGCUACUCAAAAGGUGUGGAUGGACAUAUAUACUCUUCCCGUUCCAGGAUCUGCUGGUAAAACAUGUUCCCAGAUUUAUCAGGAAGCAGGUUGUGAAACACCUGCUAGUCCUAGUUGUGCGGCUUGUCUGGGCGGCCCUCAAGACACUUACGCACGCUUGAAUGAACCUAAGGUCUGUGUCUCGACCACAAACAGGAACUUCUCAGGUAGAAUGGGGCACGUUGAAGGCCAGAUAUAUCUUGCAUCCCCAUAUACAGCUGCAGCAUCAGCAUUAACUGGCAAAGUCACUGAUCCUAGAGAGUUUUUGAUGUGAAGUUCUUGCGAGUAAUUCGUUCUCAAAUUUGGACAAUAUACUACUGUAUGCUAUUAGGAGAGAGCUUAAGCUCUUGCUUUUGAUGUUAUGGUAUUCCAUUAAAGGGGGGCUGUUUUUCUGUUUUUCAAUUUUUUGGUUUUUACAUUUCGGAACUUGAAUAAGGAUUCCCUUCUAAUUUUUGUCGUCUUUUGUUGUACUACAGAAUCUUGAUAGUUAAUGCGAUGAGAAUAAUAUAAUUAC